CUCUUCCCUCUUCCCCCCUGUUUGCUCCUUCACCUUCGCCUUCCCAUCAUGUCAGCACUACAGUCGCUGCUCAGGAAAGCCUCCUUGACUUCAUCCUCAAUAUUGCCUCCAGGACGACUCCUUACAUGGAACCACACACUCCUCCUCCAACCUAGACCACACCUUUCGACUGCCUCCGUAUUCUCGCAGUUGACAUCCAGGCAGAGCUUUUCAACUAGCUGGACAGUAGCAGCGUACGCCAAGAGAACCCCUCGGCCAAAGCAACGAGUGGUCAAGGAACAGAAGCUGCGCGCCGUCCGGAGUACACCGACGUCAAAGGAGACUGCACAUAAUGCCAAGUUCAGUGGCAAGUCACCAACACAGGAACAGGUUCUCAAAUCCAAAACUCGGCAAUGGAAAAUCGCCGAUGGCCAGACCGCGUUCUCUUCAAAAUCAGCCUCCUCAGCACCACCACAGCGCAAACGGAUCGCCUCGACUUCGGUCUCAGUUACGUCUCUUGAAAAGGGAUCAAGGAACCCUCAGUUCGAACACUCGUUUGCCCCGGGGUUUGCUUCAGCCUACAGGACACGGACAGCUCGCACUGGACUGCCACUCAAGACCGGAAACGCAGGACGUGAUAAGGCGGCGGCGGCGGAACGGACACUAAUGGAGGCUGGUGCCAAAAGGAAAUCGGGACCCAAAGUUCGUGGAUUUGUGCCUGUGCGCUUUGCGUUGAAGUCCAUUGCCUCGGACGUCAAUAUGAACCUGGUCUCGAACAGGAAAAUACCCAUGUCGAAAUACAAGAAGUACGCACAAUCCGGAGAGACGGCCAACGGAUCGGCUGCUGGAGAUGAAACCGUCUUUGCAAAGGCCCAAGAGAGUGUGAAGGAGAUGAUGGAUAGGGUGGCGAGCAGUCGGUUUGAGAACAUGGGGCUUCAUCCGGAUGUAGCGAAGGGCGUUACAGAGCUCUUGUCAAAUUCGGGAGCAGCGGUCAAGACGCCCUCGUUAGCAGCAACAUCAACAAUUUCAGCGGACGAUUCGUUUGCAGGAAUCAAACCGACAGAAAUUCAGGCACUGACAAUCCCUGCCGCCAUUGACACUAGGAAAAAGUCGCCCUAUACACUUUGUGCCGCCGAGACUGGAUCGGGCAAAACCCUCGCAUAUCUGGUUCCUGUCCUCCAUCAGCUGAAGACACAGGAGGACAAGGCUGUGGAGCAGUACCAGAGAGAAGGAGGUGUUGACCAAGAAGGAAGCAAGAUUCGGGCCCUGAACACGAUCCGUCAGUUCAAUCAACCUCGAGCGAUUGUCCUCUUGCCUUCACGCGAGCUCGUUGCGCAGGUGUCUGGGAUCUUGAAGGAACUCUCGCACACGGUCAAAUUGCGGACGCUGGCGAUUUCGCAUGCCUUGCCGCCCAAGAGUAUCGCGCAAAGAUUGGCUGCAGGACCCGUCGAUAUCAUUGUUGCCACACCAACAAGCCUGCUGGACUUUUUGCCCAAGGAGAUCCAACAUGGAGGCCGCGAUCCUAAGCAGCACGAUGACGAGGAGCGGAAGAUCCGAGGCAAUGCAGGAUUGUUUGACGAGAACCGACUUUCACUAUCUUCACUAACACACCUGGUUAUCGACGAGGCCGAUACAAUGUUCGAUCACGGUUUUGGAGACGAGGUGACCAAAAUUGUCAAACAAGCCAAGGCUGUCAUCUCGAGCACAGAGGGUCCGGCAAAGGUCAUGGUCGUCUCCGCAACGUUACCUAAAAAGGUUUCGGAUACACUGGACAGCACAUUACCAGGGAUGCUCAAGAUCACCACACCAUCGCUUCACAAAUCCCUACCUGGUCUGCAUCAAACGUUCUUGGACUUGAAGCCCUAUUUUGGAAACCGCCCCAAGGCCAUUCUAGAUAUCUUGGGGAAGCAACAGCAAGUCGCAGGAAGCAAGCGAAAGGAGAACACGUUGAUCUUUUGCAACACGAAGCACUCGUGCGAGAUCCUGUACGAUCAUCUUAAGAAGAACAAAGUUCCGGGGCUUCUGGGCGUCCUGCAUGGUGACGCCCUCAAUCGAGAUGAAAUCCUGGAGCAGUUUACAGAUAAUGCCUAUGUGCCACCCGGCGGUCCGGCUGGAGGAAAGGUUUUGAUCUCGACUGAUAUUGCAUCCAGGGGUGUGGAUACCACGGCUGUGAACCAUGUGGUCUUGUACGACUUUCCGGUGACGAUCGUCGAUUAUCUGCAUCGUGUAGGUCGCACAGCACGCGGGGGUCGUGGUGGACGGGCAACAAGUCUUGUGGGACGCAAGGACCGUAAUCUGGCAGAGCGUAUCAUGAUGGGUAUCCGCAUGGGAACCGUCUUGUCAUAAAAACAUUGUAAAUCAUUUUAUUAAAAUCGAG